GUUCUUCAAAGGUAAUAAACUCAUGUUUGAAUUUGACUGAAAAUUAAUUUUGAUUCGUCGGAUACAACACCAGCGUUGUCUGAACUCCAAGUACGAAAACUGUAAAAUUUAAAUUGUUCAACCGCGAGGCGCGAUUUUUUUUCUCGUUUUUUUUUUUUCUAAAACAAGUAUGAGUAAUAAAGUAGUGCAUCCAUUUUUUCAGCUACAAAAAAAAAAGUUGCUAUCCUUAGACUCGUCUCCAGAGAAUUCGACUGUGAAGAACUUAUCAAUAAAUCAAUCAUCGAACCCACUACCGCCUACUAAAACACCAAAACCCAUAAAACCUCCAAAGACCAUAGAAACGCCAAAAACCUUAAAAACACCAAAAACCGUAAAAACACUAAAACCCAUAGAAACACCGAAACCCAUAGAAACACUAAAGACCACAGAAACACCAAAGACUACAGAAACACCAAAGACUACAGAAACACCAAAGACUACAGAAACACCAGACACACCAGACACACGAAAACGUUCAAGCAGAUUAAGAAAUGUGGAUAAACCAAAGCCCAUAUACAAAGAGAUCCCUUUUGAUUUACCAAAGACAAAACUUCGAGCUAAAAAAAAGGCAUUAACGCCACCCCCGCCACCGUCUCCAUCGCCACCGUCACCACCAUUACCAUCACCCACACCAGUUGCCAAAGUAUCGGCUAUUGAACAUGUACCUGCAACUGCUAGCUGUUCUACACCGUACUAUACACCUAUCGUCAAACCUAAAUUUUAUUCGGAUACUUUAGAAUACAAGGCACAAAAGCAGCAUGAGGCCUUAUACAAUUUUUACGGUUUGAUUCCUACAAAGGAUAAAAAAUACGAUCACGAAUUCUCCCGUUUCAACCGCGAUGUCUUUGGCAAUGGCCACAUUACCCAAAGACCCGUCGUACAGUUAGAGGAUGAAAACCCAUUUACAAGAAGAACGUAUGAACCAAUGGAUGAAUCAAUUGAGCCAGGAUUCUUUGCCAAAAAAAGAGCAAAUCUCAAUCAACAAAAAGUGAAGAAGCCCACGUUUAAUGUGACUUUGACCAAUGAAGCAGAAUUAAGGCAAUUUCUGGAUCGUUCAUUUCCUCAAUGGCACACGUUUUCUUCUUGUGUUAUUCUAUCACAAUUAGUAUUUAAUAAAUCCAACGCGAGAAAGACCAAUCAGCAAAAGUCGUGGAUAGAUACAUAUCGACCAAAAUCAGUGAAUGGGUUGCUAGGAGACCGAAAUAAUUAUGUUUAUUUAAAAGAUUGGUUACAUCAAAUGAAAAUUGCACCCAUGUCAGCCCCCAAGCCUAAUGGGGAUGGAACCAAGAAACGUAAGAUCACCAAGAAAAAGAGGUUGGUGGAUGAAUUGGGCGAAUUAUCUCUAGAUAAUGAUAAUGAUGAAGACUUUAUGCCCAUCAAAAAGUCAGCUAAAGAGUUAAAGAAUGAAUCCAUCAAAUCCAAUAUUAUUUUACUCUCAGGAGACUGUGGAGUAGGAAAGACAACGUUGGUUUAUACGGCUGCUGAACAAUUGGGAUACGAGGUGUUUGAAAUCAAUCCUGGGUCAAAAAGAACUGGUAGAGAUAUCAUGUCUAUGGUAGGUGAAAUGACAAAGAGUCAUUUGGUGGCAUUUGGUUUACCACAGAAAAUAGAGGACCCUGUAUCAAAAAAACCAAAAAAACGUAAGUUGAAUCCUUGUUUAUCUUCCAAGACAUUGAGUAAAGAAGACGAUGGGCUUAUGAAGCAUUUCUUACGUAAGAAGGAUCAACCACCACCCAUCAAAAGACAGCCAUCAUCAGAACCAAAACAAAGUUUAAUCUUAUUGGAGGAAGUCGACAUCUUGUUUGAUGAUGAUAAAGGGUUUUGGGCUUCGAUCAUUGAGCUAUCGCAAAAAAGUAAAAGACCUAUCAUUAUGACAUGUAACGAUCCCAAUCAAAUUCCUUUUGAGAACCUCUACCUCCAAGUAGCUCUUGAUGUAAAACCUCCAUCAGAUGCAGAGCUACUGCCAUACUUAUGGUUAGUAUGCUAUUCUGAAGGGUACGUUGUGGAUCCUGCUGAUCUGAUUUGUCUCAUGGCGUUUUUGGGAAGAGACAUUCGUCAAUUGAUACAAACAUUAGAGUUUUACGUCAAAAACGACCAACCAAUAUUUGAUGCCUAUUUAGGAAUCAACUCUGAUGAGCCAAUAACAGAAAUGAAAUUAAAGUGCAUCCCGUCGAGAGUAGCUGUUGACACGUUUCGCUUAGCAAGGUGCUAUAAAAAUAUGGGUGAUACGAAAAUGGGCAGCAAUAGCGAUGAUGAUGAUGAUGAUGCUGAUUUCGAUCAAAUAGUACAAGCGUUAGAUGAUAACGCACUGGCCGAUUCGUGGCUUGGGUGGAAGGGGAAUGGAAAUAUGAUUCAUGAUUCCGCGAAGGAUCAAAUUUCAGGGUUCACGACCUUAAUGUUAGAAGAGGACGAAAGCAGCUCAUCCAAAGGCAUAUUAGAUUACGUCGAAUCGACUGCGGCGAUUGUAAACAGUGAGGCAAUGGUGUCCAAUGUUUGGAGUAAUGUGAUAUUGGAUGAAUCAAGCCAUUGGGAUGAAGCUUGUGACGCAAGGUAAAAGUCACAUAUCUAGAUUAUCCAAACAAA